GGACGUCUUCAAGUGGGCCUCGAGGGUCCCCUUGUACAUUGAUUUCACUUAUGGAGCUCACUUUUAGUCCAUCUAGGCUGUUCGCUAGAGUGACAAAGAGCAGUUGAGCUUGUGAAGGAGCGGUGCCAGCCUGCAGGAGCACGAGGAGCCCGAGCUAUAUUAAUCGAGGCGUCUCUGAGGUCGUACGGGUUGCGAUGUCGGGUGUGAUGGGAGCCGCUGUGAGCUGCACGGGGAAAGAGAGACAAGACGCUGACCUGAGCCACACUGAGAGGAGGACGGAGAGUGAAAAGGGACCUCUAAGGACAAACACCAUGGAAGAGUUUAAAGUCCAGAGCGCUAAGCACCCCACACCAAACAGCACACCACUACGUGCUCCCAGCGAGCACUCCAGAGAGCGAGCCAAGCGUCUCUCCACAGAGUCGAACGGGACGAGCGAAGGAGCAGCCGGCUCCAGAACACCUGUAGAGCUCACACCACUAGAAGAGGCUUUCAAACGCUUCGCCAUCCACGGAGACACCCGAGCCACCGGCAAGGACAUGCACGGCAAGAACUGGUCCAAGUUGUGCAAGGACUGCGGCGUCAUUGACGGAAAAACCAUCACCCUGACAGACGUAGACAUCGUCUUCUCAAAAGUCAAGAACAAGACUGCCCGCACCAUCACGUACAGCCAGUUCAGGGAGGCCCUUUCUGAGUUGGCCAGGAAGCGUUUCAAAGAUAAAACCAGUGAAGAGGCAGCAGAGGAGGUCUUCAAGCUGAUUGAAGGGAAGUCGCCAAUUAUAUCUGGAGUCACGAGAGCCGUGGCAUCUCCCACCGUGUCCCGAUUGACCGACACCACCAAGUUCACAGGAUCUCACAAGGAGCGCUUCGACCAGGCAGGCCGCGGGAAAGGCAAGGCGGGCCGCGUCGAUAUGCCCGACACGUCCGGCUACGUCUCAGGCUACAAACAUGCGGGCUCAUACGAGAAGAAAGUCCAGGGCAAACCACAACAAAAACCCAUGUGAGAGUUCCCCUUGUUCCAUCAACAGGCAAGGCAGCGGAAAAAAGAAAAAGAAAAAAAGCACAACAGGAUCCUAUUUGCCAUUUCUGUUUGUUUAUAUGCAUCGUUUAUUUUCUGUGAAAGAGAUUUCCGUUUCCUGCGCCGUUGGCGACCUGGAACACCGUUUACAUCGACAGACAAGAGACGCAGCCGGCUGAUACAUUCCUCAUCAAUAAUGAAGAUUAUCAUCGUACUCUGAAAU